UGGCGCGGCAGUCGGUGAAGCUGCCUGUGACAGCGCCUUCAGAGCGGAAACUUUGGUGGUAGCGGCUGUGUCAGUUGGGAGUAAAGUCAACCAUCAGCGACGAGGAAAUUUCAGCGAGCAGCAGCGGUCACGGCACUGACGCAGAAAGGCGGCGGCAGAAAGCUGGCAUUUCCCGGUGGCCCGGCGCCAUGUCCUUCAGGCAGCGGCCGCAGCUGACCGCAGAGGAGCUUCUACAGCUCCACUCGGAGCCCGGUCUCGGACUGCACAACCCGGCCUUCGCCCUGGAGGAGCGGCCGCGUCAGGCGUCCGACGUCCUGAGUGACUCUUCGGAUGACGAGCAGGACGGUAUCACCUUCUCAGCGGGACCGCGCGCGGCCAAAGAACCCGCUUCCCACACGUCAGUGGAAGUCGAGACCAGUCUGUCGACCCCCGCCGCCGCUCCGGCAUCACGAUCUGAGACGGACCGCAGCCCGACGCAGCCGAGAACGUCGCCUCUCGCGCAGCAGCGGAAUCUGUCAUCAUCUCCUCGCGGCCCCGGCUCCGUCUCUCCGCUCGCCGUCCACAACGUCUCUGCCGGCCGGCCAGACUUCCAGCCGUCUGCUACGCCAUCUCCUGACCUUCGCGGGGCCACUACAGCGACCUCCUUCACCCCCGCCGAAGACGACGCUUCCGUCGACGCCAUCACUCCACAUCCUGAUGAGCACCACGAGGAGGCCUUCGACCUCGUCCCAUCGGUCGACUUCGGCGGUCUGGCGCAGCGCCGUCGCCGCCAGGUCUCAGAGUCCUCUCACGGCUCAGUUCGCUCCGUCCCCCGCACCCUGAACGUGCAGAUGCCCGGGUCGCCGGCGCCGACACCUCCCCGGCCGCGGCCGUUCCGUCGGUCGGAGACUGUGGCGGCCCUGGGUGUGUCUCCGGCACUACAGAGGAGACCACUGCGGCUCUCUGAUAACCUGCUGGCUUCCAUCGCGUCUCAGACAGCCGCCGGAGGGGGCCGGAUGGUGCGCCAGCUCAGCGAGACGGGCAGCGCAGGACAGGCUUCCGAGCCGCGGUCACCAGUGCGUCAGCUGCGGCGAACGAACACCGCCAUGUCGCUGCUGUCACAAUCCAGGGACACCCCGCCGACCCCGCGGCGACCCCUGCGGCACACAGAGAACAUCUACACCAUGCAGGCCCAGUUCAGCACCCCACCAGCGACCCCCGGCCCGCAGCGUCGGCCGCAGAGGCACACGGAGAACUUACACACCCUGAGGGGAAAGGUGGGCGGUGGCUCCACCUCAGGAGGGGACAGCACGCCCCGACUGCCCGGCUUCCGACUCAUCAGUGCCUCGUCCAACGACCUGAAGGGCAUGGACAGUGAGGGGAACAUCGUGCUGCCGAUUGACGACCUGCAGUUGGAGACGCUGCGGGAGGGGGAGGUGGUCACCCUGCCGCACUCGGCCAGCCUGGCGUCACUGGCCACCGCCGGCAGGGUAGCCACCGUGUCAGAGACGACCGCCGAAAAACCGCCAGACAUCCAUGAGGUGGAGGAGACGGCCAGCAUCGGCACGGCAGAGUCGGUCAUCACGCAGUCCCAGGCGCCCGUCUCCACCUGGAGCGGCUACUCCCAGUCCGAGGCCAGCCUUCUCGAUAACUACGGGCCACAAAUGCCGCCCGCCUCAACGCAGGAGUUCAAACUCAACCAGUUCAAGAACAAUUUGGCGGUGGUGGGCAGCGCCAUGUACGCCACGUUCCUGGUCAUGUUCGGACUCAUCAUCUUCGUGGCAGACAUAGUCGCUCCGCAGUGGGAGAUCGCUGAGAUUUUCACCAUUGUGCAAUCUGUCGUCGGCCUGGUGUGGCUGAUUGCGCUGCACUUCAGUGUGCGUCGCUACCUCGCCCGACUGGCAGAAGUGGCUAAAUCCACACAGGAGGGGCUCGGCGCCCUGGAACGUCAGCUGAUCUUGGAGCCGACCGAGGUCGAGGGCGAGUACCGGGUGCGCAUGCCGUUCAAGCAGACUGCCUCCGAGAUGAUUCGCUGCCUGUACAGCUUCAGCGUAGGCAGACACUCCGGCAGCUUCUACCUCAAGAUCGGCGCGGCUUGUUUCUGCUUCGGGCACCUGGUUCACCUUCUGAUGUUGCUCUACAAGCACAUCGACAACCUCGUUAUCCAUGGAGACGAGUGCAGUGACAUCGUGUCUAUUGUCCUCUACGCAAUUCAGCCCAUCUUUUCAUUCUACCAGCUCUACAUCACGUUCAAAUACUCAAAUAUUGUGAUCAACCACCACAAGACGUCGGCUCGGUUCGGCUUCAUGCACUGUAUCGCCAGCAGUCUCAACAUGUGGGUGUGGAGUAUCAUCAAGGAAACGGUGGACGCGGUGGCGGAGCACGGCGGCCACGGUUCAGACGAGCAUCACUACAACUCCUCAGAAUGCCAGGAGUGUACCGUGAGCAUUGCUUUGGAGGACGCCACUCUUCAGUACCAGAAGUGCGCCUAUAACGACAGCAUUGCCGAGGUGGUCACCAACCUCUCCGGCUACCUCUACCCGCUCACCAUCGAGUUCAACAUCCUCAUCGUCGGUGUGUGGUUCAUCAUUUGGCAAAACAUCGGAAACACCAAGAUCGGCCAAUAUCUGACCGGUGACGUCACCCAGGUGGAGGGGGCCACCAAUCAGUCGGUUCUGCAAGUCGAUUGCCGGCGAGCCAACCGUGGCAUGCUCUCGGGUCUGCUGAUCAUUGUUCUCGUCGUAGUGGACAUCAUCAUUUUCUUCUCACUGACCGCCGAGGAUAGCGAAUCUGCUCUACAAGCGGCCAUUUACAUGACCCAAUCAUGGGAACUAUUCCUAACUGCUUUGAUGGGCAUUCUCUGCCUGCUGGCAUACCACCAGCUGAUGCGGCUUGAUAUCAACAACCACCCGAUCUCAUUCCUGGACGACCUCCUGCUGUUCAUCUGCAUGCCGGCCUUCUUUCUCUACGGCAUCUUGAUCCUCGCACCGACGCUCUUCCCAAAAGAAGGGGACGAGCCGACGGUGGUUGACAUCAUGGUGCCGAUUGCACUGGUGAUAGAGGUGAUCAUUCAGACUCCGUUCCUGAUGGACAGCCUCCGACGGUGCAGCAACACGCCCGAGGCACGUCAGGCAAAGCCUGGGCGCGAGUACGUGACCGUGCUGCUCUUCUGCAACCUAGCCAUGUGGCUGCUGCAGACUCUGGAGAACCAGGCCAGUCAGGAUACACUGUGCGUCCACUUUUACGGCAACUUCACGUGGACGCUGCUCAAGCACGCCACCACACCACUGUGCCUGUUCUACAGAUUCCAUUCGUCCGUCUGCCUGGCAGAUAUAUGGAAGUCGGCUUAUGAACCGGGAAACUAGGAGAACGUGAUUAAAGAGGAAUAGAGAUUGUAGGUUGUGAAAGCGAGUCGCAAAAGGGCGACACGAAAGGGAAGAUACGUGUGCAGUGCGCAAUGAAUUGUUCGAGAU